UCCGAAGAAUACUAGAUCUGUUGAAGUUUGAGAAACCUUUUGUCGGAAUUUCCGCAAGUCUCGAGAAACUUCAAAGUUUCAUCAUUAGUCAUUUAACAAGUGAUAUUAUGAGUGUUGUUGAAAAGUGUGAUAAGAAAAAAAUUCUUAUCGCAGCUGUGGUGAUUUUCGUAUUGUUGAUAAUUGGCCUUGCUAUCGGACUGACCGCUAAGAAGUAUCAGGCCGAGAAAAACUUACCGUAUGCAACGGAGAAAUGGGAGCUGCCAACAAGCUACAAAGUCCGCAGACCCAAAGGUGUGAACCUAUACAAAGAUAUGCUGUACCUGACUCCAGAGGGAGAUGAGAUCGGGCACGCAAGAAAGUGUGUCGCGUGUGCUUGGACUGUUUACAUGUUGAACAAGAAAGAGGAAAAAGCUGUGACAAUCAAACAAAAGCUUUGGACCUGGACAGCAAAGUAUGAUAUCAAAGAGGAAUGGAAAAUCAACUCGACAAGCUACAGGAUCGAAUAUAGUUGGAGCUCGUCGAGUUUAACGAAAGAUGUCUUCUUGAUCAAGAAUUCGAAAGACGAAGAAAUUGCACGCACCGAUCGCUUUCGUUUCGAACUUGGCAAGACAAUCACACUGAAAGAAUCCAAGUCUGGUUCAAGUUUGGGAGUCAUUAAACGUCCAGCAUUUCAGUUUUAUCCGACAUGGGAAGUAACAAUCUACAAAAAAGACGCUGUUGUUCCGACGUAUAUGUACGCGGCUCUUGCAACUGUAACCACACUUCGGGAAGCAGAAGACGACAAACGUUGAGUUGAGUCGUCUUGGUACGAACCUUCAUAUACUUUUAGAAGUGGUGCAUUUUUACUUCUCUUUGGGUGAGCAUUACUCUAGGCUAGGUUGUUAACAAUCUGCCCAAUCGAUUUUACAUGAGGGUGCCCCCAACCCCCUUUAAGGAAUUUGAUGAAAUCCUAUAAUUAUAAAACAGCCCCUUUGAUUUCAAAAACCUCAAAAUAUUCAUAAAAUUAACUUAAAUGCUUUGUUAAAAAUAAUCGAGCUUCACCAUUACAGCAAACUUUUCUUUCAAAUAGAUAGAAAAAUUUACCCUCCACCUUGAAGAUCAUGUUCCUUUACGGGUUGGGGAUGGUGUGGGAAUCAAAUCUGACCAUGAGCAGUGCCAUGUUUUGCCUCAAGUGCAGAAAUUUUAAAGUAAAUAUUUUUGAUAUUUUAAAAAGCCAUGACAUUUUAAUGAUCAUUUGAUAUGCCAUUACAUUGAGCAGUUUUUGUAGUACUUUUUGGUUUCAGUGGUUUGUCUCCUGUGGUAGAAGAGGCUAAGCAGUAACUAAUAUAGUUGGUGUUACAGGUUCCAGACUGAAUGGCCAAGAUUUUAAUGGAAAUUCUGAGUUGGGUGAUCAAAAAUAGUUAUUGUCUUGUGUUGAUUGUCACCAUGUGACAUAUUAACUUUGUAGGUUUAAAUUUUUGCACGCAAGGCAAGUGACAGUUUAUAAUCUUUGUAAUCAGACCCACUCAGGGAAGUUCUCUACUAGAGUACUGUUCAAUGUUGAAAUAUGUUCUGCUGGCACCAAAAAUUGCAAAAAAAAUUUUAUUAGGAAUUUCAGUUGACUUAAACUGUAAAACUUUGUUCUCACAACUUCUCCAGAGUGAAAUGUUUGUGGAAAAUUGUCAUAGGAAAUUGAAAUGAAAAAAAAGACUGAAAAUAAUUAUUUUCAAUUACUCUUUUAAUUUUUUAAUCACAGUAAUAAUUUUAGGAGUAAUUCUCAACUGUGAUACUAUACCUGACUGACACAUUCAUUAGGACAAGUGCCUUUGUGUCAAGUGUUGACAUAGGCCUGAAACCAAUCUAAGUGGUCUUGAAAGAUGUAAUUAAAGUGUUCUCCAUACCUGUUCUCUGAAAUACAGUACAUAAUGGCCGUAAUUGAAUUUUUCUUUGAAAAAGAUGAUCACCCACCUUUUUAAUGUGUGUAUAAUUGAGUGCAAAUUACACUCAAAAGUAUUUAUGCAGCAGAAUCCAUUACCUGUGGUGUGAAGCUGAGAUAUAUUCUAGAUGAAGCGUAGUAUUAAGAAUGCAUUAUUAAUUAAUCUACAAAUGAUGAUAAGUAAUAAGCUAUGGAAGUGAACCUCGUGGGGAGGACAUUUAUUACUUAAUUGUUGUUGCGAAAAGGCUACAUUUUGAACAUUAAUUUUUAUGGUUAUCAUUGUCUACACUUCAAUAUACUAUUUAUCUUAUUUAUUCAUGAUCAGUGUCAGAGUUGCUUUGUAAACAUGUGAAUCUGGUGCAGAGAAGGAAGAGGCUCAGAGCCACUUUACUUUUCAUAAAAUUGAACUGUUGCAAUCCAAUAAAAAGGAACCCCAAAUGGUGUUA